GCAAAAACCUGAGAUUUCCCCUUCCACAUCAAAAAGACAUGGCAAUACCAGAGGAACCCACAAUAAAGCCCUACACUCUCCAACACACUCUCAACGCCCACAAGCGAGCCAUCUCCGCCGUCAAAUUCUCCGACGACGGCGCCCUUCUCGGCACCUCCUCCGCUGACAAAACCGUCAAGACAUGGUCCCCACACACCGGAGCCCUAAUCCAAGACUUCUCCGGCCACGACCUCGGCAUCUCCGAUCUCGCCUUCUCCCCCGACAAUCGCUUCCUCGCCACCUGCUCCGACGACAAGACCGUCCGCUUGUGGGACCUCAACGCAGCUACCCCCAUCAAAACCCUAACUGGCCACACCAAUUUCGUCUUCUGUGUCAAUUUUAAUCCGCAGUCCAAUUUGCUUGUUUCGGGUUCUUUCGACGAGACGGUGAGAGUGUGGGAUUUAAAGUCAGGGAAGUGCUUGAAGGUGCUUCCGGCGCAUUCUGAUCCUGUUACUGCUGUGCAUUUUGAUAAGGAAGGGGCUCUGAUUGUUUCGAGUAGUUAUGAUGGUUUGUGUAGGAUUUGGGAUGUGUCGACCGGGCAUUGUCAGAAGACGUUGAUUGAUGAUGAGAAUCCGCCUGUUAGUUUCGCCAAGUUUUCGCCUAAUGGCAAGUUUAUUCUUGUCGGGACGUUGGAUAAUACAUUGCGGCUCUGGAAUUAUACAACUGGCAAGUUUUUAAAGACGUACACUGGCCAUCUUAAUUCAAAGUACUGCAUUUCGGCUGCAUUUUCAGUAACAAAUGGGAAGUAUAUUGUUAGCGGUUCUGAGGAUAAUUGUGUGUACUUGUGGGAACUCCAGUCCAGAAAAAUUGUUCAGAAACUGGAAGGUCACACUGACACAGUUAUAUCAGUAUCUUGUCACCCAAAGGAAAAUAUGAUCGCUUCUGGUGCUCUAGCAAAUGACAAAACAGUGAAGAUAUGGACCCAGAGUGAUUAAAUUCUUCUGCUAUGAAAUUUCAAUCUAACAUCUUUUUCAGUAAUUGAAACAUGUUUCGUGUUGCGUAAUUAAGCACUCGCAUAUGAAAUUAUUUGAUAGCUUCAUUAUUGAACGUAUGUAAUUUCAAUCUGAUGGUACCAACAACAAUUUUCUCUGAUCACUAUCUUCCUCCUCCCCUC